AUGAGCAAAGCUUAUGACCGGAUAGAAUGGGACUUCCUACAAGCAGUACAAAAAAGGUUAGGCGUUCACUCCAAAUGGAUCAAUUGGAUCCAUCAAUGCGUAUCCACAGUUAAAUACGCUUACCUUCUCAAUGAUGGAGCACACGGAGCAGUCACACCACAACGAGGCAUCAGGCAGGGAGACCCGUUGUCUCCUUACAUCUUCAUCCUUUGUGGAGAAGUUCUGUCUGGACUUUGUAGAAAAGCGCAACGAGAAGGAUCUCUACCAGGGAUUAAAGUGGCGAGAGGCAGCCCACCAAUUAAUCAUCUCUUGUUUGCAGAUGACACAAUGUUCUUCUGCAAAUCGAACCAGAAGAAUUGUGAGACACUGAAUAGAAUCCUAAAAACAUAUGAGGAAGCUUCAGGGCAAAUGAUAAAUCUAAGGAAGUCUUCUAUCACUUUCGCAAAAAAGACAAGCUCAGAAACAAUGGAAAAGGCAAAAGAAAUACUGGGAAUUACAGCUACGGGAGGACAAGGAAAGUACCUCGGACUUCCAGAACACUUCGGAAGAAAGAAGAAAGACCUCUUCACCUUAUCGUGGACCGUAUCCGAGGAAAGGCAGUGA